AUGCGCAGAGCCCCCCCUUGCCCGCCACCAUCUUCUCGCCGCGCGCGGGGCGCCCCCCGAGGACGCGUUUGUCGUGGCCGCGGUCCGGUGUCGCGCGAGGGCCGACGAGCAGCGCGGCCGCGCGCUGGCGGGUGGAACGCGCGGCUGCCGCCCCUGUUUCCCCGUCGCGGCGGCGCGCUUGGGGGCCGGACCGCUUCCUCCGGCCGCGGGGGGCGGCGCCCAGUGGCGACGGCUGCUGUCAUGGCGGCGCUGGCGCGGGCGCAGCGUUUCCGCCGCGGCCCCGCCUGCGUGCGGAGGCCGCUGCCGCGGGCGGCAGGAGACGCUGCGGCCUGCCGCGGGGGGCCCGGCGCCCGCCGUGGGGCCGGCGGGAGUGAGGUGCUUGAAAAAGGCUUUAAAAGGGGGAUUGCGCUGUCAACAGGGUCCUUUCUGGUUUAUGAAACUUACAGGCUGAUUUCUCGCUUUGCUGAGGUUCAUGCAAGCUUCAAAGUAGAAGAAGUUAUAGAGCAAGCAGACUACCUGUAUGGGAGUGGAGAAACUGAAAAACUGUAUCGUUUGCUGGUUCAACAUAAAAAUAGUGAGGAUGCAGAGCUGUUAUGGCGGCUGGCACGGGCAUCACGUGAUCUAGCUCAGCUUAGUAGUACUUCUACAGAGGAGAAGAAGCAACUGGUUUAUGAAGCCCUUGAGUAUGCAAAAAAGGCACUUGAAAAAAACGAAUCAAACUUUGCAGCGCAUAAGUGGUAUGCAAUUUGUAUCAGUGAUGUUGGAGAUUAUGAAGGAAUCAAGGCUAAAAUUGCUAAUGCCUUUGUUAUCAAAGAGCACUUCCAGAAAGCCAUUGAACUGAAUCCAAAAGAUGCUACGUCCAUUCAUCUUAUGGGCAUUUGGUGUUACUCCUUUGCUGAAAUGCCAUGGUGCCAAAGGAAAAUAGCUGCAGUGCUAUUUGCAACACCACCAACCUCCACAUAUAAAGAGGCUCUUCGUUAUUUCCACAUGGCAGAAGAAGCUGAUCCCAAUUUCUACAGCAAAAACUUGCUCUUUUUGGGAAAGACAUACCUGAAGUUAAACAACAAAAAGAUGGCUCUCUUGUGGUUAAGCAAAGCCAAGGACUAUCCUGCACAUACAGAGGAGGACAAACAGAUUCUCUUGUAAGGCUCAAACUGAUUGAAGUUUCUCCCACAAAGAGUGAGAUCCUUCAGUAACCUCUUUCAGUAGAAAUAUGAGUAAAGGUUCCUUUCAUCUACUAUUUUGGAAGAUGUGUAGGAAUUCAGUAGCUUAAAGAAGUAGUGGUCUCAGGUAUGUAUGGAAUUAGUCAGUUCCUUCAACAGUUAUGAAUUGGUAGGAUCACUUGUUUCUCACAUGCAUCCAGAAGCCUUACUUCCUUUAGGAACCAGGCAAAAAGCCAGUAGGAACUUUUGUGCAAUAGCUAAGCUGUUAAACCACUCAUUUGCACCAGCAGUUGUUGGACUUCUGGUACAAACUUGUAUUUCCUAGAAGGGUAUGUAGCUGCUGAGAUAGGUGGUACACUCUCCAUUCUCUGUGUUACACAGCAAAAUUCAUUGGUGUCACAAAGGUGAGAACUAGACUUCACAAUCCAGUAACACAAACUUACCUGUGCAAAAAAACCUGGAAUUCUUGUCUCUGCAUUUGGCAUAUAAGCAGAUGCUCAGAACUUUUCUCCUUUAUCUCCAGUGCAUGUCUUACAUUGUCUGCACUGCUUAUGUAAUAUUUAGCUUUUUAAUAUUGAUGUUAGAGAUGAUAUUCAGAUUUUCUUAGGUUUUACACAGAACCCCAAGGUAGGGGGAGCCUCAGAAACUCACACUUCUCCAUUAGCUGUUGUCUAGUUCCAAAAACCCAAGGUCAGUUAGGGCCAGAAACAGCAUAACUCACACACUACUGUUUGACUGUAGCAAAGUAAGAGUUCAUUGUCUGUGUUCAACCCAAAUAAACUUACUAAAGUAAAUUACUACACUUAAGGCACUGGUUUUAAGUUUUAUUUCCAUUCAUGAUCAUGUUGAGCAUCUUAAACUACAGAAAGGGAACUGACUUAUCUUAGGAGGGUACUAAUUUGUAGACUGCUGUGAAACAUCUGGGUGACUGGAAGAGCCUUUACCUAUACAGCAUUCUUUUCUUACUACUCUGUUCUUUUCCUUUUAGGUACAGAAAGAAGCUUUGGAGCUGCUUAAUUCUAUAUAACAAGAAAGAAGAUACUGGGGAUUCAGUACCUCAGGUGUGACCAGUGUGGGGUGGAGGGAA